CGGAACUGUGACGCACGUGAGGCAAAAUAUAGGAGCUUUUUUUCAAAACUCAUGAAACAGAGCACAUUCGACCGUUGGUUAAUUAAUAUGACAUCGAUGUUGCACUUGCUUCUCUUCAAUUUAAUUUUAAUUCAGAUAAUUUGUGACUUCGGAGUUAUCGGUCGGCAAGGAAGAAUUACCAAAGAGAGGAAAAGCGUUACCAGCAUUCUAAGAAAAAACUCUGCCACAAUAAGGACAGUAAUUAUUAAAUGCUGUGGACAACAUUCAUGCUCUAACACUUCAAAAACAAACAAGAGAAGAAAUUCAACAAGUAACCGAGAAAACUUCUCUAAGAAAUCAAGUGAAAAAAAUGAAGGCAGUGCUACACAACUGAUCGUCAGCAAUGAAUUUCAAUCGGCACCUUUUCAAACUGAUAUGAUGUUCUCUGACGCAGUGACAGUUUCCGAAACAACUCUGGAAAUUUCAAAUGGCGGCCAUAUAGAGCAGGAAACAAUGCCUGGAAAUAUUUUAGAAUCAAUUUCAACCACUAAUUCAGUUGAAAUUAUGAUAACUGAACGGCCGAAUCAAUUGUCUUCAACAAGUUCUCUGCCGUCACCAACGGGAAAAUCAGAUUUUUCAGCGACAGCCCCAAUUUUUAUCGUUGAGACGGAAACGUCCACAAAAUUAACCCCUUCAACUACUGCAAUUAAUAGCUCUCCUCAAAAUGAAUCUAUUAAAACAAACAAAAAUGAAACAUUGGUCGAGACAACAACUUUAAAAACAGAAAUUUCCUCACUCGCAACCAAGGCUGAAACUCAAUUUUCUGCCCAACCAACUCUAACUGAAACCACGUCUACAGCAAUUUCCACAACUAGUACAACAGCUUUAACUACAAAAACUUCAACCACAACCACAACAACUUCAACAACAAUAAAACCUACUACAACAACUUCAACUCUGUCACCUUGCGUAAAAAACACAUCGUUAUUUACCAAAGCAGACCAUUUAAUCGAUCCGGAAAGUUACGGAUAUUGGAUGCCAGCUUGUGGAAUACAAUUCCUUUGGGGCAAAUCUGCGGUGGACUGGAGAACAAAUCGCGAUCGUUGCUGCAGCAUUGGAAUGACGCCAAUUACUCUUGAAAAUGGAAACAAAGGAGGUUGUUUCUUUUACAUGGACAAACCUUACGAUUGGCACAAAGUUGUCAACUACUGGACAUCUGGGAAUAAGAUCGGUGACGAAUAUAAAUGGAAUGUUGGGAAUUUCACUUUCGAUAAGAACACUACUCAAUGGGCGGCGGGUUAUCCUAACGCGUCAACAAUUAACGAAACCUGUAUUCAUCUGGGUCUCUUCAACAGAUAUUAUUGGUUAAUGACUUUGAAAAAGUGUAGCAAUAUGUACACGCUUAGUUGCCAGGGGUCUACAACACCAGCUCCUCCCUGUCAUAAACCAAAAUGUCCAGAAUUCAGGUGUAACAAAAACCAAGCUCUUUUCUCGAACACACUACAAGACUACUACACUCAGUACCUUUUAAAUCACACUACCUACGGAUCAUGGCAAUUCAUUAACGGAAGAACCUACUUGUUCAGCUUUAACGAAGCAACGUGGCUACAAGCAACGUAUAAUUGUUGCUUAAUUGGAAUGAAAUUGCUCAGCGUCGAUUUUGAAUAUGAAUACAAAAACUUGGUUUCGUGCGCUCGAAAUUCGAGCUCGGCCGUGGGCAAAUUUUGGACAUCGGGCAGCGAUGAGGGCUGCAAAAACAAUUUUGCCUGGUGUGCUGCUGUGAGGAGGACAGUAGAGUUUUUGUGAUAUGAAAUUCGAGUAAUCAUAAAGUUAGAUAGGCGAGCCGCGAGAUGUUUGCCGCGGAUUUAAUUAGAUGCAAUUGCCUUGGACUUUCUAACUGCGUCAAUAGCGGAAAUACUAAGAGAGUAGUAUGUGCAACUAGCUUGCAUUAAAGUGUUACCUUGUAAGCUAUAUCCUUUUUUAAAAUGAAACGCAAUAUAUGUAGACGCUCAAGGGGAAAACCACUUGUGGUGAAACUUUGUUUUAUGCUAAUGAGUUGAAGAAAUGUCGGCGGUAAUUGAGAGCCAGUCAUGACCAUGACAAGUGUCAGCUGACUGCAGUUUUAUGUUAUGCGUGCAAAAGUGCAUUUGUCGAUAAGGGCAGAGCAAGUAGUGGGAAGCGAGAUGUAUUUAAACCCAGGGAAACUGUGACUCGGGUGAUUGUAGCUCGAGCACGAUACCUGGUUGUAUUGUCGUUGUGUCACCAUCCGAGAUGUGCGCCUUCUUGGCUAUCUUCCUGUUGAGCCAGACAAUCUGGUAUCCAGGGGAGCCCAACAACCUCGGAGGGAAGGAAAACUGUGUCAGUAUCCACACGAACCAUUCGGAAGCAAAGUUGCAAGACUCGAACUGCACUGACACCUAUAGAUAUAUCUGCGAGUCUAGGGACACGAGGAAAACUACCAACAAUAUGGAGGCCGUUUUGAACGAGUGCAUGGCAGUGUUCAACGUGUCUGAUGAGGAGAUUGACGCUGCGUUAGAUUUGACUUCCUCUCCUAAACUUACUACUAGAGUGAAAUGCUUUUUGAGGUGCAUGGGAGAAAAUGGUGGUUUUAUGUGGAACGGGAAGCUUAUUGAUCAGAAAUUACUGUCCCUGAUUGAAACUCUGGCAGCAAAUGAGGACGAUAAGCAGAACACCAUGCUUGCACUUGGCACAUGUAGCUCGAAACAGGGAAUGGACGAAUGCGACACUGCUGCAAUGAUAUUGAAGUGCGCUCAAGAACAAGCUCCCGCAUUUCUCCAGACUGUGAUCCAAACAGUCAAAGGGAAUUCCUCAGUGGAAUACGCUCCUCUUCCGACUGAAGUGCACAAGUGCAUUGCUAACAUCCCAUGCAUCGUGGACCCCCAAGCGCAAGAUGAUUACAAAAAUAAUAGAACGAUCCCGAACUGCCAAAUUUUUACAGCGUGCGGCAUCAAUUAUCUGCAAUGCCCUGAAGAGAAUGCGUACGAAUAUGCAUUCUCAAAAUGCUGCAAAUAUGGUCUCAAAAUGGCUACGUUUAACACCUUCACUAAAGUUCAGUGUAUCGUCAACUCGACCAUGACCCCUCGAGGUAGACACACGUGGCUGCCUGCAAGCAGAAUAGGCUCGACUUCGUACGGCUGGUGCUUGUCGAAGGAGCCGUUCAAUUUGUCGGCUCAAAUUAACAUCGGAUAUGGGGAUAGGAUGGCCGACUUUUCCAUUAAUGGACUGGCCAUCAGUUUUGGGAAUGACAUGGCAGGAACUUACAUGGUUCCAGAGCGUGCACCUGGAGCUGUUGGUAAAAUUAUGUGUGAACCAUGAAUUAUUGGAUUAAAAAGAUUCACUUAAUUGAUAUUGUUACUUUUUUUUUCAAAAAACAAAAAAAAAACGAAAUUACAAAAAUGAUCAAAUUAACUCUAAAUCUAUCCGAAAUAAAAAGAAACGUAUUUUUAUAAUAA